UGCCUCUCCAAUCCCCCACUCCCGUUCGCUCCUCUGCUACGCGGGGCUACGCUGCUGCUCUUCUUCAUCUCGUUCCCUUCCCCCCUCCCUUCUCCCUCCAAUAAUUCCCGCAAGCCCACAGGGAAAGGGGAGAGGAAUCUCCAUGACCCCGUCUCCCGCCGGGUUCGAGCCAGAUCUCCGGCGGGCCGGCCCCGCGCAGUAGCCGAUCCGAUGGGCGGGGAGGUGCCGGAGCCGCGGCGGCUCCACCGCGCGCUCAGCUUCGGCUGCGGCGUCCCCGACGAGGCGCUGCACCUCGUCAUGGGCUACGUCGACGGCCCGCGCGACAGGGAGGCCGCGUCGCUCGUGUGCCGCCGCUGGCACCGCAUCGACGCGCUCACCCGCAAGCACGUCACCGUCGCCUUCUGCUACGCCGCCGAACCCUCGCGGCUCCGCGCGCGGUUCCCGCGGCUCGAGUCGCUCGCGCUCAAGGGGAAGCCCCGCGCCGCCAUGUACGGGCUCAUCCCCGACGACUGGGGCGCGUACGCCGCCCCCUGGGUCGCCGAGCUCGCCGUGCCGCUCGACUGCCUCAAGGCACUCCACCUUCGCCGCAUGACCGUCACCGACGCCGACCUGGCCGCUCUCGUUCGCGCACGCGGCCACAUGCUGCUGGAGCUCAAGCUCGACAAGUGCUCCGGCUUCUCCACCGACGCCCUCCGCCUCGUCGCCCGCUCCUGCAGAUCCUUGAGAACGUUAUUUCUCGAAGAAUGCUUCAUUACUGAUAAAGGUGAUGAAUGGCUUCAUGAACUUGCUGCCAACAAUUCUGUUCUGGUAACAUUGAACUUCUACAUGACUGAACUCAAAGUGGCCCCAGCUGAUCUGGAACUACUAGCAAAGAACUGCAAAUCGUUGCUUUCUUUGAAGAUGAGUGAGUGUGAUCUUUCAGACCUGAUUGGUUUUUUUCAAAGAGCCAAUGCAUUGGAAGAUUUUGCUGGUGGAUCGUUCUAUGAGGUAGGAGAGCUCACAAAGUACGAGAAGGUCAACUUUCCGCCAAGAGUAUGCUUGUUGGGGCUUACGUAUAUGGGGAAAAAUGAGAUACCUGUUAUUUUUCCUUUUUCUGCAAGACUUAAGAAACUGGACUUGCAGUACACUUUCCUCACAGCUGAGGAUCAUUGCCAGGUUAUUUCAAAAUGUCCGAAUCUAUUUGUUCUUGAGGUGAGGAAUGUGAUUGGCGAUAGAGGGCUAGUGGUUGUUGGUGAUACAUGCAAGAAACUGCGGAGACUUCGAAUUGAGCGAGGGGAUGAUGAUCCAGGCCUACAAGAAGAGCAAGGAGGAGUUUCUCAGCUAGGCCUGACAGCUGUAGCUGUUGGUUGCCGUGACCUGGAGUACAUAGCUGCCUACGUGUCUGAUAUCACCAAUGGGGCUCUGGAGUCUAUUGGGACUUUCUGCAAAAAUCUUUAUGAUUUCCGGCUUGUCCUACUCGACAGACAAAAGGAGGUAACAGAUCUGCCACUUGACAAUGGUGUCCGUGCUCUGUUAAGGAGCUGCACCAAACUCCGGAGAUUCGCUCUCUACCUGAGACCGGGAGGGCUUUCUGACAUGGGCCUUGAGUACAUCGGGCAGUACAGUGGAAACAUCCAAUACAUGUUGCUGGGCAACGUUGGUGAAUCUGACCACGGAUUAGUCCGCUUUGCAAUGGGGUGCACCAACCUGCGGAAGCUUGAACUUAGGAGCUCUUGCUUCAGUGAGCGAGCUCUGUCCCUCGCUGUGCUCCAGAUGCCCUCGCUGAGGUACAUAUGGGUGCAGGGGUAUAGAGCGUCCCCAACAGGCGUUGACCUCCUCCUCAUGGCUAGACCCUUCUGGAACAUUGAGUUUACGCCUCCCGACAUCGUGCGACACGUGACAGCAGAUGGAGAACUCUGUGUGGAUAGGCAACCCCAGGUUCUUGCCUACUACUCCCUUGCUGGAAAGCGACCGGAUUGCCCUGGUUGGGUGAUUCCGUUGCAUCCAGAUGCAUGAUUGUAAAUACAUCAAGGUUGUAUGUACCUUAUAGCCCCUUUGUCCCUGGGGGCAACGAACAGCGUCCGGGCAUAGUAUGGUUUUGUACGGAACUACGGAUCUAGAUCGUUAGAUAGCUGCCUUUGUGCCGCAAUAAGCUAGUACUGUAGCUGAGGUGUUGUGCAAAUAAGUUGAUGUUGUCACUCGUACUAGUGUGUAAUUCCGGGAGGUAUAUACUAAGCUGCUAUGUGCACUGUAUGUAAAAUCCUGGGUGCUAAGCUGCUCUGUGUACUAUAUGUAAAAAACAUCUGGGAGGGUGUAUGCUAAGCUGUUCUGUGCUUUGAUCUGAGAGUUGUACUCCA